GGCCUCAUUUACGCAACAUCCGCUGGCUGCCUUAUGGCAAAGCGAUUGACCUCUGCAGCGCAGGGUGCUCAGCCGAAAGUUGUUUCUGCUCAAAGCCCUGGAAAGCCACGCGGAGACCCCUGUAGCGCGGCCCCUAGGCGGGCUCCAGGGACCGGCUGCGUCGGGCUCCGGCGGGUGUCCGGCCAGUUCAGCGGGGGCGGGGGGCGUCUCCGUUUCCCCUAACCAGAGACGCGCUCCGAGAAAGCAGCAGUCGCCGCAGCAUCUGGCAGGAGGCGGAGCCCGCCCCGGGCUCCUGGACGCCGUCUCCCGCUUUCAGGGCACUUAGACGCAGCUCAGCCCGGGCCAGCCAGCAGCGCCCUCGCAGCCUACCCCCAGCAUGCGGCGGGCGGCGUUCCCCAGCUAACCCCCGCCCACGCUUGUGUGCUCCGCAGCCUGGGGCAGCGAGCGGGGCCGGAGUGCCGCAGCCGGACGGGCACAUGCAGUCACUGUCCUGAACUGAUGGAAAUUAGGGGACGGCUGUGACAUCAUUAAGAAGGCCCAAGAAGCCAAUCCCAACAUGCCUUUGGACAUUCCAUUGAUCGAAGCCUGACUUUAUUAAAAUGUGAUGGGGGAAAAAGAAAAAGGCGGUAUCAAUUAAAAGUUAGCAAUAUGACCGGUCUGCCAGUCAUGAAACGGAUUCUGCUGAUGAUUUUCCUGGCUGCUGCUGUUAUGUAUGGUAUACUUCUGUGGAAGACAAAUGUCUAUUUGCUGCCGCCUACAGCUAUACGAAGAAAAACUGGACUAGAAAUGUGUAAAUUGGAGCCACCAUUUGCGUCUUUAUUGAAAGGUCAGCAAAUAUAUCCAUUCCUAUGUGUUAAUGACUUCAUGAAAGUAGCACUGUCCAAUGGAAAUGAUAAGAUUGAGUUACCUUAUGGAAUAAAGAGAGCAGAGAGUUAUUUUCACCUAGCCCUUUCAAGACUGCAUAACUGCGGACUAUUCAGUGAAGAUGAUGGUGUUUUCUGUAGAAGGUGUGUUGUUGUUGGUAAUGGAGGAGUACUUCGAAAUAAGACACUAGGGGAGAAAAUUGACUCCUACGAUGUGGUAAUAAGAAUGAAUAAUGGUCCCGUCAUAGGGUACGAAGAGGAUGUUGGAAGGAGGACAACUUUCCGACUUUUUUAUCCAGAGUCUAUUUUUUCAGAUCCAAUUAACUAUGAUCCUAACACUACUGUAAUUCUUCUUGUCUUCAAACCACAUGACUUAAAGUGGCUCUGGAACAUACUGAGUGGUCAUAAAAUAAAUACUAAUAGUUUCUGGAAGAAACCCGCCUUGAAAAUGAUAUAUAAAGCUAACCAAAUCAGGGUACUCGACCCUGUCAUUAUCAGAAAAACAGCACAUGAAUGGCUUCAGUUUCCAACAAAGUUUCCCAGAAAAGAAAAACCCAAACAUCCUACAACAGGGCUAAUUGCCAUCACAAUGGCAUUUCACAUAUGCAGUGAAGUUCACCUGGCAGGCUUUAAGUACAACUUCACUGACCGAAACAGUUCUUUGCAUUAUUAUGGCAAUGAGACCAUGUCUGAGAUGAUUGAGAAUGGAUACCACAACAUCAUUGCUGAGCAAACGUUUUUGAAGUCGCUUAUAGAUAAGAACUUUGUGAUCAGCUUGACAUGAGACUGAAUAGACAAUGGCAGAAUGAUCACUAUUUUCAACAAGAUAGAUUUUAUUUUUUGUACUGUAUUUUUAUUUUUUAAAUGCCAUAUCUAUUACUGAAAUAUUUAAAAGAAGCACGGAUGCCUCAUAAAGGUGGUGGUAGUGGAGUGCCACUGUCUAAGACUGAUGAUGAGUCGCUAUCUCCUGGACACAAGUAGAGUGAACUGAUGUCUGUGACUCUAUUUAAUUAUGAAAAAAUACAACCUUCAGCUAAAAAAUAUCAGGGAUAUAUAAAAAUAUGAUGCACACCAUUUAUUUAACAAUAAGAAAAAAAAUUUCAGCAACUGAUUUCAUUUCCGUAUCUUCCUUUCCUGUUGCCCAGAGACUUGAAAGGCUAUGAAAUAAUUGAUAAAGGGAUACAAAGUCUUUCACCCCUCUCUUCUGGUUUGAAAACGAUUUAGGAUAAGUGUAUCUGCAAAUCAUUACUAUCUGAAGGAUGUCUAGUAGUUGUACAGUAUAUAAAGUGCAUUUUUAGUCUCAGUCCACCUCCCAGAGGGCAGAUGUCCACAUCAUAGAAAAUCACCUUCAUAAUUCACACAAACUGGUGUUUUCUUGUUGUCUAUCUCAACAAAGAGGCCCCAGACUGAACUGCCCAUGGACUUCUGGAUAUAUCAUGUGUACACCUGGGUUGGAGACCCACUGGUAUAACAGUGUGGGGAAGUCUGGAUUGAUUCUGCUCAUGCUGUAUCUAAUUUAUGGAUACAUUUGUUCUCAGUGCUGUCAGUCUGAUUUAUUUCACAAGCACCUGAAUUCAUUUUUAAGAGGUAAGCACAAUCUCCUUUAAACUGUGGAAUUAUAGAAGAGUUUUAAAUAUUUGAGUUGUUUUGACACUACUGUGCAGUAUUGACCAUUUUCAGAUGGAUUCGCAACCAGAACACCCCAAUGAAUAUGAACUAGAAUCUUGAGUUUGUAAAUUAAAAUUUCUUUCAAACAAAAUGUCUCUGAUGGAUAGAUUUCCCUCCCCUCCCCAAACACACACACUCCAGAAGCCUUUGCACUUCUUAUUCUCCCAAAGAUGAAGAUAUAUUUUCCAAAACAGCACAAUUCCCCUCACCAUAACAGGUAACUGUGAAGGGUUUCAAGAGCACCAAGAGAUCAUCACAUGCACCAAUCAUCUUCUGUAUUUCUUGACAGUAUGAGCAAAACAGCAUCUGAGACACACAUUGACCAAUUCAGGGAAUUACAAUUUUGUUUUUAUCUGGCAAUUCCUUUGUCCUCCUUUCCUUUUAUUUUUUCCUGUUCUCUUGAGUUUUAGGCUGUGUGUGUGUGUGUGUGUGUGUGAGAGAGAGAGGGUAACAGUUUCAAAAGUGCCUAAGUGAUUUAGGCAACUAAAUCCUAUUUUCAAACGUGAUUUACGUACUUGGGAGCCUAAAUCCUAACUCCUAAGUGCCUUAGUCAUUCUGAAAAUGGGGCCUAGACUUCUAAGUCACUUAGGGUCUUUUGAAUUUUUUUACUCAGGAUCUUUAACUAUAAAAUGUUUGGUGGGAUAGUCAUAUAUUGUGAACCAGUUGUCUCACAGAAGUCCAAAGUAGCUCUAAGUGAAAUCUGCUUGAGAAUGUCACCAGGAGCUAUGAAGGCCUAAGUUGCAAAGUAAAAUUCCAUUCUAAUCAUCCUAUAAGGUAUAUUAGUCAGGGGAGGUACGUUUUAAAGCUCUGUGGUCAAUUGAUUGAUCUUCUAGGAAUCAGAAAAUCACAAAGAAGUAUGUUUCAAAGGAAUUUUGAAAGUGGAUAAAAUAAUCCAAUAUUCCACAGCAGUAUAUAUUAAUUUGAACAGAGAUUAAUCUAAAAAACUAGGAGUGCAGGAUUGCCUUCUUCAGAAAUGAGGGCAUGAAGCAAAAGACUGAAUCUUGCUAUAGAGUAUUGACCACUUUUUCCUUGCAUCAUAAAUGUAAAAGUAAGCAAGUACCUGGUUUAGAUUAGAGUGAAGUGGUCGAAGAUUUUCUAUUACACAUUUUCUAUUUCUGUCUGUCAGAAUUGUUACAAGUAUUUUAAAAAAUUUAUAUGGGUCUUACCCUCUCUCUCUCUCUCUCUCUCUUUUUUUUUUUUUUUUUUUUUUUUUUUUUAGCUGCUUGGUUCUAAUGAGUGCCAUAAUUUUUUUUAUCCCCGAUGGUCUCAAAUUAAGCUUGUUGGAUUAGUCAGGCCUAAGCUCUAGUGAGGCCACAUCAUACUACAUUUUGUAAGAACAUGAUGAUGUUGAGUAAUUCCAAAUGUCUUUAGAAGGUGAUAUUGAGGCUCUUGCUCUGUUAAUCAUGUUUUCACUAUUUUUCUCACCUCCACACUGCCAUCAUUUUUUAGGCCCUUGCUUGAAAAUUUGUACGCAAAUUGAUCCAUUGUUUUUCACAAGACCUUGAAGCUGGCUAGCAUUCAUUUCAAUUCAUUUAAAAGGCUUGUUUGUGUGGAAAGAAAACCAUGAGGAGGUGCAUCAGAAUUACAGUCAUUAUUUUUAUAUGUCUAGUGCUGUUGAGAGAGGUUUUUAUGUAAUUACUACAUGUGUGGCUUUCAAAAAGCACUCCGCAUCAGUGCUGGCCUAACUCUGUACCCCUUGAAGACAUUGGUAAAACUCCCACUUCCGUGGAAGCAGAGUUAGGCCACAAGUGAAAAUUCUACCUUAUAAAACUAGGAACACGGCAGCCUCAUGCUGGUCCAACUACAUGAGGUCUCUUAAGUAUCUGUAUAGAACCCGUUACAUUCUGGCAGUAUAUAGGCAGUAAAGACUUGUACCAAAGUGUCCAACUGUAUCAAAGUGUCAGCGUUUAGUAUGACAGUAUCACAGGAUCGCUUUCCAAAAUUAGCUAUAUAAUUUUCCCUCUCCUUUUGAGCAUCCCCUGAUAUUUAUCUUUGUCAUUUCUCUUUCCUUUCCUUUCCUUUCCUUUCCUUUCCACCUUCUUCCUCAUUGAAGAAGGGAUACAGCAACACAUAGCUUUGGAGAAGUGAUUGUUCCUCAUCUAUACUUGUUCUCCAAAUUGGUGUCGUCCAUAAAUCUACUCUCAUCCACCUACAUCUUUUCUUAAGUUCCUGUCAUACAGUUUUUUGUUUGUUUGGAGACAUAGAAAUAAGUUAUGGGUAGGUUUCAGCCAAAAGAGCUGACAAUUGGGGUUUGUGACAGUCUAGUUAGUCACCUAAACUAUACACACAUCACCAAAUGGUGACAACUGGGAAGGGGGAGAUGGUUGUGAGGGAAUGCAAAGAGAACAAAGUUAAGCUUUCAGAGCACUCCAAUACAUGCUUUGAAUGCUACAUAUAGAGAGCAGAGGGUACUGUCUUCAGAAAGCAUAAUUUAUGGGUAAGUAAUUUUAUCUUUGAUACUAAGCAGUGAAAUAAUUAUUACAAAAAUUUUUUUGGUAGCAUAAUGCAGGCUUUAUAGAAUUCUGUAUACAUUGGACCUGUUUCUCCACUGCCAUGUACCCUGUGUAGUUAUUUACACCUGGGGAAUGUGGACACCACAUGGUUUCAAAUCAGAAUAGUAGCAUUUUGCACCCAUGUUGCACAGGUGUAAAUAACUACACAAGGUGCUAGGUAGUGGAGAAUCAGAAUCAUGGUGUCUGUUUUAAAUAUAACACACAUUUUCCAGGUCAUCCUGUGCCACUGUUAUUCCAACUUGCCUUGAGAUUUUUCUUUUUAAAAAUAAGUUGAGCAAUUGGAGGAGGAACUUUUUCUAAGACUCGCUUUCUACAAUGGGCCACUCUAUUAAAAGCUGCUUUUUAAUUUGAUAUCUGCAACACUACAAGUUGAAUUCCAGGAUACUGCAAGCUGUAGUUCCAUGUACCGUGCCAGUAUAACUGUGCCGAAUACUAAUGAAUUUAUUUCUGUUUUCCUUCUGUCAGCUGCAAUAGACCAUUUGCUUUAAGGCCCCAAUCAAAACACCACUGAAGUGAAGGAGAGUCUUCAGUGGCCUUUGGGGAAGAUUCUUAAAGCAAUGGACUGAGCUUGCUGUGUUGUGAAAGUUAUCUUAAUUUCUUAAGCUGUAACAAUUAAGGGCAAUUCUGAGAUGUAACUAAAAGACAGGUUACAGAUUAAUGCACGAAGGAUGAAUCUGUGAGUGUUUAAUGCACAUAUGUAGAUUACAUUUCAAAUGAAAAUGUAUUAUUCCUAUUUUGGAAUGACAAGAAGGGUGUUUAGUAUGUGACGUGUAUUGUUAUGUACACAAAUAAUAUACUUAUCUUUUUUCCAAAUACCCUUAAAGGGCACCUUUACAUAUUUUCUUAACCUAAAAUAUGGGAACAGGGGUGUUGUUUGUGUGGCUGUGUUUGUUUUAAUAAUUUUAAGAGUAUGUGAAAAUCAAUGUUUUGUUUUUCUGGUUUCAAUAAAUAUUUGGUUUCAUUUGC